CCCUUAAUAAGUAGUAAUGGAUGCCGAGUGUCAUUUGUUUAAAUUCAAAUUAAAUUUGUUUAUAAACAUUACCUUACUUUUGAAAGUUGAAAGAUAACAUGGUUUCAUUGCGGAAGUACAAGAAGCUCCUUAAUUACAGUGGAGCUGCUGUUGUAUUUAUAGGCAGAAGUGGAUGGAUAACGUAUCAUAUAUACACAACCCGAUUAAAGCCUGCUUUUGGGACUACUCUCCUGAGGCCCCAUAAAACGAAACCAGAGUAUAUUUAUAUUACUGAUCCGAAGUUGAAAGAUGAUAUAAACUUGUUUGCUAGCAAAUGUAGUGAAAAAGAUGUGGAUCAGAUACUACCUUGGAAAUGGCUGGAAUCAUGGAGACAAUCACUUGCCUGGCGGUUACUCUCUGUUGCCAAAACUGGAGAUAAAUAUGAGAGACUAAAAGCAGUCAGAACUCUUGCUUCACUUAAAGAUCUUAAAGAUUCUGAUUUCUGUAACAUAGCUCAGUCAUGUGAUGCACGGACAGCUGUAGGAUUAGCACGAAGUGAUGGAGCUGAUCUGAAAUAUUUUCUGAAAUCAGUUUACAUAAAUUUAUAUCACAACAAGCAGGAUGUAAUUGACAGGUUGAAGCAGCUACUAAUAUCUCUGGACAAUAAAAGUAACCACCAUUGUUUGAGAUACUUGAUGGCAAAGACACUGCCAGAGUAUCAGCGACAGGACAGAAUAUUUGAUCCUGAAAUGUCUUCAAUAGAGCCAUCUCACACGGUGCUUAAAGAUGAUGAGCUAAUUCACAUAUGUGUUCAAAAUUUGUUGCACCAUUCAGCAAUUGAAGAUAAUGCAAAAGAUAUUGUAUCGGAAGGUGCAUUGCCACUGCUUAUUGGAGUUUAUAGGCAUUUCUUGAAUGACAGAGAAGUUGUGAUAGCCCUUGCAAAAUUGCUGUCAAAUAUAUCAUUUUACAAGGAGCACUUGAAUGAUAUUUUUCAGACUGGUUGGAUAGGUAUUCUAGCUCAAUGGUCUAGAGAUCCAGAUAUUCAAAUAUCAUCACCUGCAGUUAAGGCCCUGUACAAUUUGGAUGAAGAGUUUGAAGAUGGCAGAUUUCCUCGCAGCAUAUAUGUCCUUCAUCCUACUGUCCGUACCAUGCAUGUACCAAAAAUUGAUGUUGUAUUUAUCCAUGGUCUCUGGGGAGGGUUGUUUGUUACGUGGAGGCAGAGAGAUACUGAACAGAAGAAACAUGUUUUGAAAGCCGUUCGCAGUACCACAACAGUAAGGCCGUUUUGGUUAGUGUUACAAAGCCAGCUCAGUCAAUCAUCCAGACUGUUGCCCCUGCAACUACUGAAAACGCUGCUGCCGCUGUUCAGGAACCACAUGUUUGUCUGGCUUCUCAACAGAUACCCCUUCAUUGUAGUUGUACCUACGGUAUGGCUAUCUGUAUCGCUGAGGCACGCAAGCCUCCCCACUAAUGUGGUAGAUCGGAACACUUCACCAUUAAACUCAAGCCAUAGCAUUAGUGAUGAGAAAACAAGGGCAUUUCUGGAAGAAGUUACCGAACUCAAGCAAGAAGAAUGGAAUGAGAUAGGAAAUGAUUUUGAAAUAGUGAUGGAAGAUUGUCCAUUAAGUACCAAUAUAACUGCAUGUGGGCCAUAUUCUUUCACUGGUGAAAAGUGCCCAGAAUGCCAUGAAGAUAUAUACACACCGUGUUGGCCAAGAGACUGGCUUCCAAAAGAUUGCCCUUACCUGCGGAUAGUUGGUGUUAAUUAUGAUACAACAAUUUCCAGAUGGUCCCCAACAUGUCCUUCAGAAAAAAUAAAGUGUACACUGGAUGACAGAAGUGAAGAAAUUAUGGAGAAAUUAAAGCUCGCUGGAGUCGGUCAGCGACCUGUUAUUUGGGUUACUCACUCGAUGGGAGGAUUGCUUGUGAAAAAAAUCCUUGUGAGAGCUUGGGAGAGUGGAGAUAGAAAUAUUUGUUAUAAAACUAAAGGCAUAGCUUUCUACAGUGUGCCACACUUGGGUUCACCACUUGCAGAGCUUACACAAGCCAUGCAGAUUCUACUGUGGCCAUCGGUUGAAGUACAAGAGCUAAGAAAAGAUUCUCCAGAGUUAAAAAGUCUCCAUCAAAAAUUCUUGCAGAUGCUCCCUCAUUUGCAAAUUCAAAUAAUAAGCUUUGCAGAAACAAAAUCUACUCUUGUUUCACCACUAAGAUUGCAGUUUCAUUUUGUACCUGUUCCAUCUGCAGAUCCUGGAGUGGGUGAAAUAUUUGAAAUACCUCAAGAUCAUUUAUGUAUUUGCAAACCAGCAACACAGCAUUCUUUCCUGUACCAGAAGCUAGUGGAUUUAACCAAGAAAGUUGAUCAAACAUAUUGUACCAUCAUGGAUUACUAGAGAUUACUUGAUUUUCCUUCUCAGGAAAUGGACUAAAAAGGAGUUUUCACUGCUGUGAGAUUGUUGGUGUGUUUCACAAGUGGAAAUUGAAAAUAUGUAAGGCUGUGUAAUUCGUCAGACCAAAUGAUUAGUAUAUAAUGUCUUAUCUUGUUAAAAAUAUAUAAACAUAUCUACAUCUA